ACCAAGUUACUCGUAGUAAAACCGAACUCUAAAGUUGUAUUGUAUUACGUAUAUUAUUAGUAACAUAUCUAUACGUUAUCAAUCAAAUCAGAUAUUGAAUUAAUAUUUUAUUAAUCUGCAGUUGCUUUUAGUAGAAUAAGGUUUUAGGUUGAGUGAUACGUAUAAGUGUUUAUAAGGACUUCAAUAUGAGAAAACGCGAUUUAAUUGGUACUCUACUUUUAGCUCUAAUAAUAGGAGCUGGGUUGGCAGGCUUAAUAUGGUGGUUAGUAGAAGGACGCCACUCACCGUACACCACAAUAUUACUAGAAGAAGAUGGCUUAGGACAUGUACGCUACAAUGCAGCCUUAACCAGAAUACAUGACGUCGGUAAUAUAUUUUGGUGGUUCUACCCUACUACGCGGGCUGCCCCGACUACUCGACCUAUAAUAUUAUGGCUGGACGGGGUGACAGGCUUGCCUCCAAGUCUUCUCGCUAACUUUGGGAUGUUUGGACCGUUAGACAUCAAUAUGAACAUAAGGAACGACUCAUGGGUUAAUAGUUAUAAUCUACUGUUUGUUGAUUCACCUUUGGGCACGGGCUUCAGCACUGCGGAUGAAAAUAGUGAAAUUCCAACAACUCUUGAACAAAAUAGCCAGCAAUUGCUUUAUGUUUUGGAUUCCUUCUACCGAUAUAACAGUCUAUACAGAUCAGCCCCGUUAUACAUUUUCGGGGAAGGUCAUGGCGCUCAAUUUGCGUUAAGUUUGGCUCUCAAAUUGACGGAGGAAGCGUCAUUCAGACACAAUUUGAAAGGUGUCGUCAUUGGCAAUGGAAUCAUUGCUCCAACAGUGGCACUUACUAAACUAGGUUUUUACCUUGAAGAGCUUGCCUAUGUUGACAACUUCGGACGUGACGCAUUAGAAUCAUUUGCCGAGGAAACUAACAAGUUGGUUGAGGAUGAAAAGUAUGGAGAAGCAUUUGAUAAAUUCUUAACAUUAGAUGAAGUAGUCAAUAAGGAAGCUGGAGCUGUAGCCGUUAACUUAGCCCGCAUUGUAGAUAAACUCACCCAAGAAUCGACUGCUGUUUCAGACUUUGGACUGCGAAAAUAUAUACAAGAUGAGUUACAUUCUCGCGUCGACGUCUUCGACUUCAUGGAUGAUACAGUUGCACCGGCGCUUGGCCUUCCAAGUAACUACACUUAUGACCAGGGCCGAGGAGCCGUCGUUGAAGCUUUCCGGGAUGUCUUUAUGUUGCCAGCUGAUGACUUAGUUCAAAACGUUCUCCAGAAUACAGACUGUACAGUUACUAUAUACAAUGGUAACUUGGACGCCGUAUCGACCACCCCUGGUCAGCUAGAAUGGGUUGAGAAACUCCAAUGGGCUGGCAGUGAAGAAUUUCUUAGCAGUCCACGAAGAACUCUUAUUGUAAAUGGACUUGUGGAGGGUUACUUCAGGGAGUCACCAAGACUUCAAUUUUAUUGGCUGAACGCUGCAGGACUAACAGUGCCACUUGACAGUCCAGUUGCGAUGAGACGUGUUUUGGAACGAAUUUUAGUUUAAUAAAAAAAUAUAACUAUAAUA